UAUCAGUCGGUAUAGAAGAUUAGUCAAACGAGCAGAUGCUAACCUAAAUGCUAGUAUAAAUGGUAUAAAACGUAAGCAAAGGAAAUCAUUCUUUACAUUCCAUAAGAGAACUGUGAAACGUAUGCGUUGCAAGCAUGGCUCAGUUCGUAAGAAAUGUUGCUCCUUUAUUGUUUACGGAGAAAUGUAUUGAAGAGUAUUUUGACGAGUUGAAUUUCUUUCACGUUGGAUGUUUCAAAGCAACGCUGAGUAAAGCUUUGGGCCUCGGGAUCAUCGGCGGGUCUCUCCUCGUUAAAGUACCUCAGAUUGUAAAAAUCUUUAAAAGCAAAAGCGCAGAAGGCAUCAAUGUUUUCAGCGUCCUAUUGGAUCUGUUUGCCAUUACUGCAAUGGUAUCUUACAGCUUCAUUAGCGGUUUUCCAUUUAGUUCAUGGGGAGAUGGAGUAUUCCUGGGAUUACAAACCCUAGCGAUUGCAGUGUUAGUAAUGCAUUUCAGUGGUAACACUGUUCAGGCAACUGCAUUUCUUGCUGCUUAUUUAGCAGUUCUAUUCGCUGCUACAAGUGGGGUGACCCCAGUGAAUGUUCUCUGGGCUUGUCAAGCAAUGAAUAUACCCAUUGUACUUAUCAGUAAGUUGAUGCAAGCUUACACAAAUUAUUCCAAUGGAAGUACCGGUCAGUUGUCAGCAGUAACUGGGUUCAUGCUCUUCUUUGGAUCUCUGGCAAGAAUAUUUACUUCUAUUCAAGAAACAGGAGACACAACAAUGGUGAUAAUGUACAUAUGCUCUACUGCUGCAAAUGCUGUGAUAGCUGCUCAAAUAUUGUACUACUGGAACGUAGAUGUGAAGAGCAAAGAAAAGACAAAGAAGAUUCGAUAAAUAAAUUAGUAAAUAUUUGCUAUUCUGUCGGUGCUAAAUUUGAGAAUAACAUGACGAACUGAAAUAAAUUCUACUAGUAUCCUGAUACUGGGAGUAUCAGAUGAAAUGAAACUUGCUUUCUUGAAGAAAGUACAAACAUAUUCAAAUUAAUAGUAUUCCAAUGGGGAAUAGUUAAACUUCGUUCCAAAUAUUGCUUCCUAAGUUGUUUCAAACAUUUCUAAUAUUACCAUUUUUUUAUAGAAUAAUACGAACAACUUUUUUAAAUAACUUAUUAUUAAUUUAACA